CUAUUCGGUCAGUAAAUUAAAAGUUAAUACUUCCAGGGAGUCUAAUUUUAUCUUUUAUCUUUUCUUUAAUUUUACGUGUCGUUCUGGUGCUCAGGCCGUUUUGUCCUUAUCGUUAUCGGCUUCUUUGGAUUCAUGAAUCUUUACGCCUUGAGGGUAAACAUGAGUGUUGCAAUUGUAUGUAUGACCAGAUCUGAAACUAGCAAAACAUGCAACUUUACCGGUGGGAACGUUUCACGGUCAAAUACCACAGUCGAAUGUGAUUUGCCAGAGGUAUCAAACCAAGAUGAUAGGUUCGACUUGGACAAAAAGACUCAAGGACUAAUUCUUGGUUCCUUUUUUCUCGGAUAUGCACUAACACAAUUGCCAGGCGGUUGGCUGGCGGGAAGAUAUGGCGGGAAAAAAUUAUGUGGAUGGAGCAUGUUUGCAUGCGCUGUUGCAACAUUAUUAACGCCAUUGGCUGCAAGGACAAGUGCGGGUGUACUUAUAUGUAUACGUGUUGUGACUGGAUUGUGUCAGUGCCUGUCCGGUCUGGUCCGACAUACGUGAGGAUAGCCCUACCGGAAGCCGAAAAGGGUGAUUUCCUGUGGAGCGUUCCAGCCGGCUAGACGUCCUCAAUAACACAACCCAGCAUCUACAACAUCAUCAUAAUCUAAGGUUAUUGGUAAGUUGUCUUGGGCUAUAUUGAAUAAUCACCAAUUACAAUAUUGGUGGCAGCGGUGAUUUAGAGCCCAAUUUCGUCGACCAAUAAAUCGUUACCUAGCAAAAUUUGAUUUUUAGAUUCGGCCAUUUUGCCUAUCUAAAAACUUUGUAAUU